AUGGAACAGAUAGUCAGCUUUGUUCCCGACUCGCUACGCACAGCAUGGCUGGACUCGGACCGUCACCUCACGACUGAUGGUCUUCUGAGGAACCCAUUCCCCGAAGACGAAAGGGAACUACCGCUUGCUGAGGCCAUCCUGGAGGUAAAGCCGGAGGGAAUGGGGGAUGAUGAGGCUACAGCCUUCAUUGAGUUUAUGAGCCUUGGUUUACGUUUCGAGCCGGCUGAGCGGAGCUCUGCGCAGCAACUUCUUCAACACCGAUGGGCUACCGACUGGGGGGAUGAUUAA